AUGGAAGUACUCGGCCACGUCAAUAACAUAUCUGAAUAUGCGAGAUCAUUGAAAGAUACUCGACUUUCAUCAUUGAGACAUCCAGGAGAAUUCUUUGAUUAUCAACGCGUUUCAAGACCCAAAGACACACAAGAAUAUCUCAAGAGGGCAAGUUACAAUGUACGAUACUUCUCAGCAAACUACGCUAUAGUUGUAGCUCUGCUUGCAGUUUACAGUCUCAUUUCAAAUCCACUUUUACUCAUCGCUUUGGGUUUCCUUAUUGGUGGAUUUUUAGGUAUCAAUAGAUUUGUACCUGAACCAUUUGAAUUCAACGGUAAAGUCAUAACACCUCAAAACCUCUAUAUCGGUCUUUUCGUCAUUGGUAUUCCUCUCCUUUGGAUCGCUGCUCCUAUCUCUACUUUUUUCUGGCUCGUGGGAAGUUCAGGCUGUGUAGUUGGUGCUCACGCUGGAUUACUUGAACCCGGAGUAGAAUCCGAAUACGAAGGGCUCGAGACUGUAUGA